GGCGGGAGUGCGAGCACCCACCGGAGCAGAAAAAAGUGGCACCUGUGAUAGCAGAAACGGUAUCAUCUUGAACAUCGUGUUUAUAACUACGGUGAUAUGUUGUAUAACUCGGAGCAGUUGUCUGUAUUUAACCCAUUAGGCUCUGGCCAGCGGGAGGGGGACUCUAACCUGCUGGGAAGUAGCUGUUUGUCUGUGCAAAAGAGCAGUUGGUCUGGGAAUGAAGUGUCUGAAUGUCUGUCUAAUGUCUCAGAAGUGAAUCUGGAGUUAGAUCAAGAGCAGAAAGAUCCCAUUGGCCAGGACAGUGUUUCUCAGGAGCAGAUUAAAGUGGAUGGUCAGGUGCAAGCCAUAGCUGAGGAAGGAAAGGGGAGAUUUUGGACGGGUGAUGGAUUGGUGGCUGAUACAGCUUGGAAAAGGGAACCUGAAAAGGGUCACUGUGAUUUGCUGGCAGUAGCUCAGUGUAGUGAGAAGAGCAGCAGUGUAUCUGUUGGGAGCGGCAAUGGGCCUGGUAAGGAAAGCGUGGAGGAGCCUGGGCAGCCUUGUGAGCUGAUGGCUUUGUCUAGUCAGCAGUUUGGGAAGGCAAGGAGAGUGGAAGAUGAGUGUCCCUAUACCUUAUCUGUUUCCUGUGUGGAGAAUUGUGACAAUGAAGGAAAUGUGCCUGUGUCCGUCAUGGGUAUUGACUUGCCUAUGGAGGAAGCUACCUCGGACUCCAAGCAGUUGUCUGUGAACAGCCCGGUGUGCUGGGACAAGGGAAAGGAGAUCCCAAGCUGUGUGUCUGGUAAAGGGGAAGGUUUCUCCAGCUCUUCUUUGUCUGUGAAGCAAACAGAAAGUGCUUCUCAGUUUCUGCUAUUUGACACUUUAUCAGUGGUCCCAGAGUUGGUUCUGGAUACAGCUAAAUCAUAGAAUAUCAGGGUUGGAAGGGGCCUCAGGAGGUAUCUAGUCCAACCCCCUGCUCAAAGCAGGACCAACCCCAACUAAAUCAUCCCAGC